UUUGGUUUGACGAGCUCCUCGCCCGGUUUGAUGCGAGUCUCUUUACUCGGUAAACAUGUCCGAGGCCUUGUUGCAGUGGUGUGUGGACCAGUUACACCACAAGUUCGGGUUGGAGGCGUGUGAAGACAUCGUCCAAUACAUUCUAUCCAUCGAAAAUGCUGAGGAGAUCGAGGAGUAUGUGGGAGAUCUCCUGCAGGGCACAGAUGGGCGGAAAGGACAGUUUAUCGAGGAGUUCCUCAGCAGAUGGAAGAAGACUCAACGCCAGGCCACAGAUACCUCAAGUCCUCUCUCUCUCAAGGAAUCUUUUUCAUCACCAGAGUUGCAAGACAUGACCAAAGACAGCCAGAAGAAGUCCAAGCGCAAGGGCCGUAACAAACUGGAAGUGCUGGGUGUGAGCCAAACGGAGCCUGAGCCAGAGGCAGUCAAAACCCCUAUUGAUCUGAUGAGGGCCCAAGAAAAGAGCUGUUCUUCCUCAACCAAGAAGAAAAGUAAGUUCGUCAAUCUCUACAAUAAAGACGGGCAAGACAAGCAGGUCAUCUUACUCCCAGGCCGACAUCCCUGCGAGUGCCUUGCUCAAAAGCACAAGCUUAUAAACAACUGCAUCAACUGUGGUCGCAUCGCAUGCGAGCAAGAGGGCUCAGGACCCUGCCUCUUCUGUGGAAGCCUGGUCUGCACAAGGGAGGAGCAGGAGAUCCUGCAGCGAGACUCCAACAAAAGCCAGAAGCUCCGAAAGAAGCUGAUGGGAGACGGAGGAGAAAGAGAUUACCUCCAACACCAAGAGGCCAAAAUGAAGGCUGGCUUGGAGAAGGCUGUACAGCACAAAGAAAAACUGCUGGAAUAUGACAAGAAUAGUAUCAGCAGAACGCAGGUUCUCGAUGACGAGUCGGACUACUUUGCCACGGAAUCCAAUCAGUGGUUGUCCCCCAACGAGCGAGAAAAGCUGAGGAAACAGGAAGAGGAGCUGAGAGAACUUCGCUACGCCUCUCGCAAGGACAGGAAGAUCACGCUGGACUUUGCCGGUAGACAAGUGCUGGACGAUGGAAACGACCUCAACGAGUACUACAACAAGUUAGAUGAGACCCUCAUGGCGAUGAACAGCGAGUCGACAUCCAAAUCGCCGGGGUAUUCUAAAAGACAAGGCGUGAGACAGACCCUCGGAGAGCUGGUCAACCCCAAUAUAAUGCAGUCUGCACCAGAGUGGGUGGAUGUCGGAGGCAGCAAAAGCAACAAGAGAAACCCGACGCAGGGAAAGAGCUCGGCGGAGGACAAGGGAGGAGAGGAACGUCACAAGUUGCGGCUCCAAGACAAAGACUUGCAGGAGAUGUCUGACGGGGGCUGGUGCCUCAGCAUGCACCAACCGUGGGCAUCACUGCUGAUCAAGGGCAUCAAGAGGGUUGAGGGGCGAACCUGGUACACUUCCCAUCGGGGUCGUCUUUGGAUUGCUGCUGCAGCCAAGACGCCCACUCCUCAGGAGAUUGCCGAGGUGGAAGCGAUGUACCGCCAAGUGUACAAGAAAGAGCCCAGGUUUCCGAAAGAAUACCCCACCGGCUGCCUGCUGGGCUGCGUCAACGUGAACGACUGCCUGCCGCAGGAGCAGUUCAGAGAGCAGUUCCCUGUAACCUGUGAGGAGUCAGCUUCACCAUUUGUCUUCAUCUGCACCAACCCCCAGGAGCUGCUGGUGAAAUUCCCCAUGAAAGGGAAGCACAAGAUCUGUUUGGACCCGUCUUCAAGUAGCUGUUUCCAUUCGUACCUCAGGCUCGUAAAGUGCACGGCGUUUAUUCUCGGUCCGUCCGGAUGCGGGUGGUUUGAGCGCUGCUCAUCUCCUCGUCGUUUUGUUCUAUGGGUCUCACACCCUCACAUUAUGGAAGCUGGAGAGUCACUACCACCAGGGUGCCAAGAAGGGGCUGGUCCCAUCCGCUGCCGAGUGACGUCGGGAGGAGGGAGGAACCGCCCCGAUCUCAUGGGGACACGGAAAAUUAUGUUUUCAGAACAAAUGGCUUCAUUCGCCGCUGGCUUGUGUUGACAUUUAAACCGGGAGUUAUCGGCGCUGACACAUUAUCAAUAUCGGCUCGCAUUUUUGCAUUAGGAAUACUGCUGAAAAGUAGGCGGUACGGAGACGUGUAAUCAUUUUUGACAGACUUCGACAUUCUGCCUUGUCUCCAUUUAAUUGUUUGCAUAAAACGACAAAAGAUCCUUAAGUUUAAUGUUGCGCUUCCCUUGUUCCAAUAAAAAAAAGAUGACGAAAA